CAACUGUUUUGUAGAAAUGUUUUGUGACGGGAGAACUCCUUUUGCAGUUUGAUUUAUUUGAACUGUCGCAUGUGCAUGUGUCCCAAGAUAUCCUGUCCUGAUUAUUUUGUCUACCCUAUUUUGUGGUGAAGCAUUAAAUUAAGCUCUCUCUUCUAUCUCCAGGUCUUGCCAUGAUCAUUGAGCAAAUUGUUUGUACAGGAUGAAACCGUAGAAGCUGUUCAACGAAAUUCCAUUCACAAUUGUUCACAUAAUUGUAGCUUGAUUAUUGGCUAGUGUUCUGCUUUCUUUCAUUACCUGGCCCACAUUUCACCUACUUGUGUUCAUCGAGUGUUCAUCGAGACCGGAAAAAUGGGAACAGUUACUGAAGUUGGAUCUUUAUACUCCCGCCCUGUGGGUUUCGUAUAUGUAUUCAAUUUGAUCGUUGGUGCUGGCGUGCUGGCAAUGCCCAAAGCCUUUGCUGAUGUCGGAUGGGUUCUCGGCGUCGUCUUGCUCUGCAUUCUUGCCUUUAUGAGCUUUGUGACGGCAACGAUGAUGAUAGAAGGAAUGGCAGCAGCAAACGCCGUCUUGGUGUUGCGCAAACAGAGGAGAGAGGCGCGAGAGCAGCAAGCUUCACCGACCGAGCGUUCUCCUCUGAUGCCAUACUCUUCAUUGGGCCACAAGAGGGUGAAGUAUGCUGGAUCUACAAACCGUCACAUGUCAGCAGAUGGCCAGGAAGAGUCUGAAGAAAUCUUGGCCAAUGGCGAGUACGGUGACGACACGACCAUCUAUGAGAUCAACGAUCGCGUUGAAAUGGGCACAAUGGCAAAGUUGUUCUUCAAUCGAAUUGGUAUCUUCCUCUACUACCUAUGCGUAUGCAUAUACCUGUACGGAGAUCUGGCCAUCUACGCUGUGGCCAUUCCCAAAGCGCUUGUCAACGUCACCUGCUAUUCUCCCGUACGUUAUCCGAACAUGUCGAACUCAACGUUUCCGAAUGUUACAAACAGCACGGGCAACAUGUCCAGUGACUUUCAGUACGACGGGGCCGACUUUUAUUCGGAUGAUGACUACGUCACGUACUUGUCUGAUGAUGAUCUGCAGCUGCACAAGCAGAACAAGAGUCUGACGCAGCACUAUUGCUUUGGCAGGAUCACCGACCACCGCGCUUACUGGCUCUUCCUGGGUAUUUUCGCAUUGCUUCUCGGGCCAUUCACGUUCUUUGACCUGCAAAAGACCAAGAUUAUGCAGCUGGCCACAACGAUUCUCAGAUGGUUUGCGUUCAUCACUAUGAUUGCACUGGCCGGGCAGCACAUUGCAAAGCAUGGCUCGGUCAAGCUGGACAACAUCGCCAGCUUCAAGCAUGUGCCCAACAUGUUUGGCGUCUCCGUUUACUCGUUCAUGUGCCAGCAUUCGCUGCCGUCACUCGUCACGCCCAUCCGUCAGAAGCGGCGCUUGUCACUGAUGUUGAUGGGCGACUUCAUUUUGGUCCUUGUCUUCUACGUUCUUGUCAACUUCACGGCAGUGUUGGCUUUCGAGGAGUCUUUGAUCCAGGAUGAGUACAGUAACAACUUCAAUAGUGAUGUGGUACCUAAAGUCCUGUCCUACUUCCUGCGCCUUUUCCCCGUGUUUGUCUUGUCGACCAACUUCCCGAUCAUCUCCAUCACACUGCGUAACAAUCUCAAGUCGCUCUUCUUAGAUCCAAUGAAGACGUAUUCGUUCACCAUUGAGCGACUUGUGUUCCCAAUCGCUGCGCUGCUGCCGCCGCUGGCGAUCGCCUUUGUGACGGAUGAUCUCACCACGCUGGUUGGCUACACGGGUUCGUAUGCUGGUGUUGGCGUGCAGUACCUUAUCCCUGUGGCGUUUGUCUACUGCGCUCGCAAGCAGAUGCCUGUGCUGCUGAGUAGCAGUUACAAAAAUCCCCACAAGUCACCGUUCUCCCAUAUGCUCUGGGUAUGGUUUAUCGUUGGCUGGAGUACGGCAUGCGUCACCUUCAACACCUAUAACCACAUCAGAUCAAAGAGUUAGUUUCUCUGGCAUUUGUUUUUUCGUCUGUUUGUGGCUUUACUUGAAGCCUCGAAUCGAUGGGAUCUGUAAUUGUCGGAACGGCUUAGGCCUCUUGGUGCAUGAAGCUUGCCUAUGCGACAACAUGGCACCUUACAUCAGUCACUAAUUGCCAAACCUUGUUAUGAUCCUCAUCAAUUAGCUUUACUAGGUUCUCUUGUAUAGGUAGCUCAUCUCUCUUCUUUCCAGCCUAUAAUUUAUACAUUCAGUGCCUGUUGUUCUUCUCGCGUACUUCCGGCGAUCAGGGUUGAUUCGUUUACUUUCGCAAAUCCCGCGCAUUAAUAAUUUAUCACGAAAUGAUAUCGUAUAUAUUUUUAAUCUGAUGACGUCGCUCUGCAGCGACACUGUUUGCAUGUACAUGUGAACUAUCGUGCAUGCCGCCAAGUAUACCUGCGGGCCACACUGUGUCGAUGGUGUUGAAUAGCUUGAAUUUUUGAGGAGUGUUUUCUCUAUCUGACUGCGUUCUUCCCUCUCCUUUUAUACUUCAUGCCAAUGGCUGCCAUAUCAUCACUGCUGGUGUUUUGAUGUGACGUAGUGUUUUGAGUGGACUUUUUAACUUUUUUUAUUGCUGUUUCCCGAUUGUGUGUACUGUCAGAACACUGGGGGUACUGGCAGUUUUUUUUAUAAAUAUUUUUGAUGAUUUCAUUGCUGGCUUUCUGCAUUUCCACAUGUAUCAUGCUGGACCAUGUAUGGCAUGAUGUUGAGAUGUUGUUUCUCACAGUGUGACAUGACCAGGUUAUUGAGAUAACUCAUGUACGAGUAUGCGUGCCGUGAUGUA